GGGUGUUCCUGCUCUUCUCGUUCUUUCGCAGCGCUCAUCUUUUUUACUUUAUCAGCAGGCUCGUCCAGGCAGAGAUCGUCUUGUUUCCAGUGCUAAAGACCAGGUGGGGUACCUGCACGCAGGGAAUGCACAAACGUAGCUGAGACAGAAGAAAUCUGAGAAACAUCAAUGGAAAACCAGUUCAGUAUGGAGGAGGGCAGUGACAUGUCAUAUGAAGAUAAUGACUCAGUCCUCCCCUCUCCAGUUAGACUAACUCCACCAGGCCAGAGCAGCAUCUUUGACCUGGCAAGGAGGAAUGCGGGAGAGGAGAAUGAGCCGCCUGUUGUCGCCAUCGUCAUCCCCAGUGAUUCAGAUGCUCAUCUGAACAUGAACACCAAUGCCACCACAAGAGGGGACGCUCAAGCCUAUGUGGAGCUGAAUGAGCUCCAGGGCAACACCUGGCAGGAGACCAGCCGCUGGAUGGGCUACGAGGAGAACUUGAACACGGCCACGGGAAACUGGGGCUCUUCUCACGUUUCCUAUCUCACCUUUAAUAGUCUGAUCCAGCUCCGCAAGACCAUUGAAACAGGUUCCGUCAUUUUGGACCUGAACGCCAACAGUCUGUCUGCUGUGGCUGAGAAGGUGGCUGACGAGCUGCUGGACAAGGAUGAGAUCCGUGCCAGCGAUCGGGACGGCCUGCUGAGGGCGCUGCUCAUGAAACGCAGUCAGGUGGCGGGGCCUGUGGUUACAGCCUCCGGAGACAUUCAGAUGCAGACAUUUUCUGUAACCAAGAAGAGGGAGGGCUCUGACAACAAGGAGGCCUCAGUCGUCCUCUCAGGUGUCCUGGACUUCCUGCAGAAACCAGUGGUGGCUUUUGUCCGGCUGCAGGACUCCGUGGUGAUGGACUCUGCUCUGGAGUCUCCGGUCCCGGUCCGCUUCGUCUUUGUCCUGGUGGGGCCCAGCCACAACGGGAUGGACUACACCGAGACCGGCCGAGCCAUGGGUGCUCUGAUGGCCGACUGGGUGUUCUGUCUGGAAGCCUUCUUGGCCCAGACCACCAAAGAUCUGACCAACGCCAUCGCUGACUUCAUGGACUGCAGCAUCGUGAUUCCUCCCACUGAGAUCCAAGAUAAGGCCAUGCUGGAUCCAGUGAUUGAGUUCCAGAGGAAGAUGCUGCGUGACAGACUCCGCCCCAAUGACACCCGUCUCGCAUUUGGCGACAGGGUUAAAGUUGUGAAACCUCCAGAGGAGCCGAGGGAGGAUCCUCUGGCCCGUACUGGAUACCCCUUCGGUGGGAUGGUGAAGGACAUGAAGCGCCGUUACCGUCACUACCUCAGCGACUACACUGAUGCUCUGAACCCUCAGGUUCUCGCAGCCGUCAUCUUCAUCUACUUCGCUGCCCUGUCCCCGGCCAUCACUUUUGGAGGACUUCUGGCUGACAAAACUGAAAAGAUGAUGGGUGUGUCCGAGCUCAUGAUCUCCACCAGCAUCCAAGGUGUCAUCUUCUGUCUCAUCGCCGCCCAGCCUGUCCUCGUCAUCGGCUUCUCUGGUCCGCUGCUGGUGUUUGAGGAAGCUUUUUACGCUUUCUGCAAGUCCAAUGGCAUUGAAUACAUUGUGGGUCGUAUCUGGGUGGGGAUGUGGCUGAUAGUGAUCGUGAUCGUCAUCGUGGCCGUGGAAGGCAGCUUCCUGGUCCGAUUCAUCUCCCGCUUCACUCAGGAAAUCUUCUCCAUCCUCAUCUCUCUCAUCUUCAUCUACGAGACCUUUAAUAAGCUCAUCAAGAUCUUCAAAACCCACCCUCUGAUUCUGAACUACGAACAUCUGAACACCUCGGUGGACAACCCCUUCCACCCGAUCUUUGCGGCUCACGUCGAGGAACAUAUAGACGGCAACUAUACCAUUCAUGAGCUGGAGAUUGAAAGGCCCUACCCCAACACGGCCCUGCUGUCUAUGUGCCUGAUGUUUGGCUGCUUCUUCAUCGCAUUCUUCCUCCGUCAAUUCAAGAAUGGACAUUACUUCCCAGGCCCGAUCCGUCGUCUGAUUGGAGAUUUCGGUGUCCCCAUCGCUAUUUUCAUCAUGAUCGCUCUGGAUAUCUGCAUUGAGGAUGCUUACACUCAGAAACUGGUUGUGCCAAAAGGUGUUGAAGUGACCAACCCCAAAGCCAGAGGCUGGGUAAUCAACCCCAUGGGAGAGAAGAAGCCCUUCCCCAUCUGGAUGAUGGGCGCCUGCUGUGUACCUGCACUGCUCGUCUUCAUCCUCAUCUUCCUCGAGUCCCAGAUUACUACCCUGAUUGUGAGCAAACCUGAGAGGAAGAUGGUGAAAGGAUCUGGUUUCCACUUUGAUCUGCUCAUCCUGGUCACCAUGGGAGGAAUCGGCUCCAUUUUCGGGGUGCCGUGGCUGAGCGCUGCCACCGUGCGAUCCGUCACCCACGCCAACGCUCUGACUGUCAUGACCAAGGGCCCGAAACCGGAGAUUGAGAAGGUGGUUGAGCAGAGGAUUAGUGGCAUUCUUGUGGCCGUCAUGGUCGGUGUUUCUAUUUACAUGGAACCUAUACUGAAGAUGAUUCCUAUGACGGCCUUGUUCGGCAUCUUCCUCUACAUGGGUAUCACCUCUUUGAGUGGAAUCCAGAUGUGGGACAGGAUACUGCUGCUGAUCACACCGAAGAAGUACCAUCCCUCUGAAGCCUACGCCACCAGGGUAAAGACGCUGCGGAUGCACCUCUUCACUCUGAUCCAGCUCAUGUGCCUUGCUCUCCUGUGGGUGGUGAAGAUCAGUCCCUUCUCUCUGGCUCUGCCUUUCGUUCUCAUCCUCACAAUCCCUCUCCGCAUGUUGAUGACCGGCAGGCUCUUCUCCGUCAAGGAGAUGAAAUGUCUGGAUGGGGAUGAUGCCAAAGUGACAUUUGAGGAGGAACCUGGGGUGGAUGUGUACAACGAGUCCCCGCUGCCAUAAACCAUCGCCAUAAAAUUCAUAUUAAAAUCACAAACUUUCUAAGUGAAGUCUGUUCUUGAUUACAAGCCAGACUGAAUAUCAGGUACCUACAAACAUGUAUGCAUAGAUGUAAACAACUCUUUGCAGUUUCUAACUGUUCUGUUAUUAGUUUUUUUUUUACCUUUAAGGGAAAUUACCUCUCAUUAUCUAGGCUUCAUACCUUAUUCCCACAGCUGAAAUUUGUUUGUGACCAUAGUAGAAAAUUAUUAUAAACAAUCCAUAUUGUCAUUACAAGGAAUUACUAAUUGUCCAGGAAUCUCUCAUUUUCCAUAUCUCAUGUGGAAUUAAUUUUAAAUGCUUCUUUUUUGUUGUUUUUUAGUUUUUUUAACGUAAGGUUCUGUUAAUGGCUGUUUAUUUACUAAAAGACUGAGUGAAGGAUAUUUCAAAUCGUGAAAAACAUCCUCUGGAUAUUUUCCUUUAGGAUGUGAGGUAUAUUCAUUAAUUGUAUUUUUUUUUCUUCUUGAAAUGCCUAACUGCAGUAUACAGUAGCUUUAAAGUAUUUCCCAGUGUUUCCUCGUGUAGACCUGCCCAUGUUGUGCUGGUAUAAUUUCACCUAAUGUUCAUUUAAGUGACGCAAAUUUGAUCCAUUCAUCCACUUACAUGCGCACAAAUAAUGACUUUUUGUGGGAUUCCUGCCUCUUCUGCAUAAAUAAGUCUUUCCACUAAUUAUUCUCGAACAUGUUUUAAGCAGUGUUACUCAAGUUUGCCUCGAUUUAUAUAUUGUGUAUGAUUUACUGAAUAACUUCUCCUCAGGUGACCGUGUUUAAUGCACUUAGAUUUGAUUUUUAAAAGUAACUUAACUUCUUUAGUUGUGAUAAAAAAGGGAUGUGCAGGAAUGAGUGGAUAUGAUUGUUUAAGCCAACUGUUGCACUGAUGAUUUAAUCAGGGACAUAUGUAUUUGUAAAUGCAUCUCGUAAAGCCUUAAGUGUUGCCUAUCAUGUAUUUGCAUGCUUGAAAGACUGUACAUCCUUUGGAUUUACACCUAAUUAAAAAUAAAAAAUAAACAUCC